CCGCUUCGGCGAAGCCGCCAUGUUGGAUUUAAAGGGGCGGCCCCGGCGCCGGCGCCUGGUCGGCUGAGGGAGACACUUUCCGUCCGCGGGCGCCGGUGGCGGCAGCUGCAAGGGGAGAGCCAAGCCGGAGGCGGCAGGCGGGGUCGGCCAACAACAGGCACUGAGUCUUCCUGGAGACUCCUUGCACCUGGUUCCCAGCUGAGUUCUGAUGACCUCUGAGCUGGAGGUGUCUGUGUGGGGGCGGAAAAAAAAAACUAUGUCCACCAUGGUGUAUCCAAGGGAGGAGAAGCUGGACAAAUUGAGCCAGGAGGAGAUAAUAUCCAACACCAAGCUGGUGAUGCAGGGGCUGGAGGCCCUCAAGAAUGAGCACAAUUCCAUCCUACACAGCCUGCUAGAAACCAUCAAGUGUCUGAAGAAGGAUGAGGAGGCCAACCUAGUGCAUGAGAAAUCCAACCUGCUCCGCAAGUCGGUGGAAAUGAUUGAGCUGGGACUUGGGGAGGCUCAGGUGAUGAUGGCUCUGUCCAACCACCUGAAUGCUGUGGAAUCGGAAAAGCAGAAACUGCGUGCUCAGGUACGGAGAUUGUGCCAGGAGAACCAGUGGCUGCGGGAUGAACUGGCCAACACCCAGCAGAAGCUGCAGCGCAGUGAGCAGACUGUGGCCCAGCUAGAAGAGGAGAAGAAGCACCUGGAGUUCAUGAACCAGUUGAAGAAAUAUGAUGAGGAUGUCUCCCCUUCGGAGGAGAAAGAAGGUGACUCUACCAAGGACUCUCUAGAUGAUCUGUUCCCCAAUGAGGAGGAGGAGCACGGCCCAGGAUUGCCCCACCAGCACAGCAGUGCAGCGGCAGCGGCUCAGCAGGGUGGUUAUGAGAUCCCGGCACGCCUACGUACCCUCCACAACCUGGUGAUCCAGUAUGCCUCACAGGGGCGUUAUGAGGUGGCUGUCCCGCUCUGCAAGCAGGCACUGGAAGAUCUAGAGAAGACUUCAGGCCAUGAUCAUCCGGAUGUGGCUACCAUGCUCAACAUCCUGGCGCUUGUAUACAGGGAUCAGAAUAAAUACAAAGAGGCAGCUCAUUUGCUGAAUGAUGCACUCUCUAUUCGUGAGAAGACCCUGGGCAAAGACCACCCUGCAGUAGCAGCAACACUGAACAACCUGGCUGUUCUCUAUGGCAAAAGAGGGAAAUACAAGGAGGCAGAGCCACUGUGCAAACGAGCCCUAGAGAUCCGUGAGAAGGUCCUAGGCAAAGACCACCCAGAUGUGGCCAAGCAGCUGAAUAACUUGGCGCUGCUGUGCCAGAAUCAGGGCAAGUAUGAGGAGGUUGAGUACUACUACUGCCGGGCAUUGGAGAUCUACGAGAGCCGCCUGGGCCCUGAUGACCCAAAUGUGGCCAAAACCAAGAACAACCUGGCCUCCUGCUACCUUAAACAAGGCAAGUACAAGGAAGCUGAGGUGCUGUACAAAGAGAUCCUCACUCGUGCCCAUGUGAAGGAGUUUGGCUCUGUAGAUGAUGAGCACAAGCCGAUCUGGAUGCAUGCAGAGGAGAGGGAGGAGAUGAGCAAGAGCAAACACCGAGAUAGUGCCCCUUAUGCUGAGUACGGUGGCUGGUACAAAGCUUGCAAGGUCAGCAGCCCAACAGUGAACACUACCUUGCGGAACCUGGGAGCAUUGUACAGGCGUCAGGGCAAGAUGGAGGCAGCAGAGACACUGGAGGAGUGUGCAAUGCGGUCCCGGCGACAGGGCAUUGAUCCCAUUAACCAGACCAAGGUGGUGGAGAUUCUGAAGGAGGGAGAUGGUGCUGAGAGGAGGAGGAGCCGUGACAGCCUGGGGGGAAAUGUCAAGUAUGAGAAUGCCGCAGACGGUAGCGAGGAAGCUUAAAUGCCUCCCGAGACUCCCUCUUUCCCCUCCACUACAAUCACCUGGAUGUAUGUGUUGUACCUUCCGACUUUUCCUCCACACCAUCCCUUCUUCCACCGCUCCUGCUUUCCUCGGCAAGGACUCCACGCCAGUCCCCAACCUUCCCAGUGCGCGAGGGGCACCACAGCACCUGCAGAGGAAUGCCCGACUGUAUGGGGCUCAGCUACAGUUCUCUCCACCAGCAAGAAAGCAGGAAGAAUCCACGUGGAAUUGCCUGCUCCCCUGGCCAGGGUUGGGCUAUUCCAGGGACUGGGAGGAACCCACUCGCCCCCACCUCUUGGGUCCUGUCCUUAUUGAGGCCUGGAUGAAAGGUCCUGCUGAUGGAAAGCAUCCCCACUCUGUGUGCAACACACACACCCAUGGACGUGCAUCUUCCCAACCCUUCCCAGACAGCUUUCUUCUCCCUCCCUAGAAGUCAGGGAAGAAGGAGGUGCAGGCAGUGUCUCAGUCCAUAUAGGUCUCUACUGUGCUGUGUGUAGUUCCAUUUCCAGGCCCCUGCCGCCGCCCCCCCCCCCAGCUGUGUUUUGGAACUAGAAUGACCCUUAGUGUGCCUGUAUCAAUGGCUGGCCCUUCCCCCAGCGCCAGAUUUGGCCAAAAGCACAUGUGAGCUAAGUGGGUUGUGGCAGUAGCUUUGGCCUACCCACUCCCCUACAUCUGGGCUCCGGUGGCCCCAUUGCCAUGCAGGAGGGAAAUAUGGGACUCCUUGACCAGAUACAAGGAUUGAAGCAGGUGGCAAGGCAGAGGGCUGUCUGUGGGGAGGAAUCGCUGUGCAAGCAGUGAGGAUUGAACCCCCUCUUGCAGUAUGCCUCCAGAAUAGGGUUGGGGCAGCAGCUAAAUGGCGCAAGCUGGGACAGGGAGACGUCUUUAGGAACAGGAACUGAUACGUGGUUAGGAGUGCUUCCAUCUGCAGCUCAUUCAGCCCUGGCCCUUUUGCUGAGGCUAUAGGCUGGAAGAGUCCAGCUUGUGCCCUCUCAUGACUCCUGGAAUUCUAAAUUUGGAUAUACCCAAAGGCUAAGCAUAUCUAAGAAAACAGUUCUGAAUUGCCAGAUUUCCCCAAAAGCUCCUUGCAGGCAUGAGGAGGAGCAAGAAGCAGUGUAGUCUUCCACUCCAGGAGAAGCAGUCAAGGAGUGGGGGUAGAGGGCAGUCAUGCAGCCUUCUCGGCAGAGGGAGGCAAGAGAUGGGCAACAGCUAGAGCUCUCAAGAAAUGGCAGCAGCCAAGGAAUGGGGAUACUUGCUCUACAGGUGACUGCAGGAGCAAGUGCUCUUGCUCCAGCUGGUGUCUCUGAUUUUGGGGAGGGGUGAAUUGUGGGUAGGAGCAGUUUGGAGAGAGUUUGCAGCUAAGGUAGGUAGGUUCUAGAGGAACAUGGGGGGAAGGAGGGUCUGGGCUGGGCCUGGGGUGUGAUUCUAUCACGGUGGGGGACAUCAAGCUGCGGUUUCUUGGGCAAGGAAACAUCUUCUGGGCAGAAAGAGAGAGCUUGUUUCUGAGGGGUGGGGUGGGACUGACACAGAGCACCUGCUGCUUUUGCCCUUCCUAGCUUGUGUCCUGAGACCAUGCUUGGCUGCAGUGACUUUUUGCUAGGAACUGCCUGUCCUAAGUCAGUUUCUUAACACUUAGGAGGAGGCUGUGUGUGUGUGUUGAGGGGGGUGGGGGGGUAGAGUGGCUGGCAGCUGCCCCUCUGUCUGUCUUUCAGUGUGGGAUUGACCAGGUUGGAUGCUCCCUGCUGUGGAGAAAGGGCCAGGUGCUGAGGCUGGGUUUGUCUGAGAUCUGGGCUGAUACCAAUAACUCCUUUCAUGCAGCAGUUUGAGCAGCAUGAUGGAUUGGUUCUGCUAGUGGGAUGGGGCUGGUGAUCAGAAGAAAUCUAGUGCUGCAGGCCCCUGUCAGCAGGCAGACAGUGGGCCCAGGCAGUUUCCAGAAGUCCUAGGACUAGCUGGAAAAGGGGGAGACAGAUGCAAAGUGCUGUUGGCUCCUUACCAUUUUGUGCCAUGUUAUUUAGGAUUUUCCUUAAAGCCCCAGCUCCUGGAGUCGGGUAACCAGGUGUAGCUUCUAGCUUUUGUGACUGGGAAGUAAAAUCUGGCAGUUGCCCUGGGUGCAGCUUACUUGAUCAAACUCAGAAGACAAUGAAAAAGAAACCCAUUCCUUCCAUAUAUUUUAAUAUGCAUGAUUUUGAUUGCCUUGGGCUGGUGGAGGCAGAUGUGUCUGUAUCUGUGGCACUGGCUCCUUUUGGACCCUACACCCCGCUCUCCUUGUGCAGUGACCCAGGGCCCCUGCACUGUGAGCCUUGGAAACUUUGACCUUUAACUUUAAGCACGUGCAAUGCUGGGCAUGAUGUUAGGCUCCAUUUGUGAGCCCUUAUGGGGAGAAGCAUGGCAAGAAGAGUAUUUGUCCUAGGGCUCAGAGACCUAGUUAGGGGGUGCCUAGUAAGAGAGCAAUCCAUUUUGCCAUUGGGCUUGAAAGAAGAGGGUGAUUUAUUAAUGUACUUUCCAAGAAUCCAUAACCUGCCUGUGGCCCCUCUGAGCCCUGAUGUCAAGUUGAAUGAGGGUACAGUGGGGUAUUCUCUUUUUAGCUUGUUGUACAAGGACCUGGAGGUUGAGUAAUGCCACAAGCCUAGAAGCUGGUGCUGCUUCCGUGCUGUAUCUGUACAGGGCAUUUUCAUGGAAGGAAAGAGGUAGCCAUCAGGCUAGUGCCCACUCUUUAACAUGCUGCUGCCCCAAGUGAGAACUGUGCCAGGACACUAUGAAGAAACCUCUGGAGGGGCUCUUUGGCUGUUGCUCCCAGUGCCUCUUUAGAGAGCUUUAAGCAAGCCCCUGCCCUUGCCCCUGCUUCUUUCUCUCCUGUUGGUGCCUGUGUGUGACUCUGCCCUCUGCCUGGUGCUGGGUUAUUCAGAGGCUGCCUUACAGCAGUGGGAGUGGGGAUCAUCUCUGCCAUGGCACUUCUGCAUUUGGACCCGGGGCUUCUCAUUGAUGUUGUGAACUAAUGUACCUCUGAUUAAAGGCAGACAGACCUGACCCGCUGCCCUGUGCUUCUUUCUGUGCUACAUGGGCUAGGGCUUACUGCCCCUGCCUCCCAGCCAUGAGACUCGGAAACCAUUUGAGCUGAUGUUGUGUGCAUCAAGCUUUCAUCAUCUUUGGGCCUGCAUAUGCUGCAGCUGUCACCAUCCCCCUUGCCCAGCCUACUCUGCCUCAGCUUUCCUGAUACAAAUUGUGAGUGUGAGAAGUGUGCACGUUUGUGACUGAAUGAAGGGAUUGUGUGCACACAUGGUGGCUGAGAAGUGAGCAAGCCUGAGGAGGAGCCUGCAUGUGGGAGAGGUUCCUAUUCCUCAUGCGACAUGCAUCCAGUUGAGGGGAAGGGGAUGAGAACUUGAUGUAACCUGGAUUUAAAGGUGAGUGAGUCCUGUUGAACAGCUAAUGCCACUGAGUCACAGAACAAUUAGAGGUCAAACCUGCCAGGAUGGGUGCCCAGCUUUAGGUGCCUGUGUGGAGGGUCUGGCUUCCAUAGGUGCUGAGAGCUUAUCUUCAGGCCACUGGAAAUGCAGGGUCUUGAGACAUUUGCGAACUUGGGCCCUUGUUGUCUCAGGUUGGACAUGUCGCAUUAGAGACCCCUUGCUGCUAUAAAUGAGCUGCCCAUGGACAUAGAACUCCCAGGUCUCUUGAUCCACAGCCUUUGUCCAUCUGUUGCACCAUGCUGCUUACGGUUCAGUUCCAGGGUCACUGCUGUCUUCUGCUGUGGGAAGGUCUUCCGUCCUGCAGCCAACAUGCUUAAGAGACAGUCCAGCAGCUCUGAGGGUGAGGUCCCCUAACACCAGAAUCGCACAGGAGGCUAGCUGAACUGGCUGUGCUCAGGCCUGGAGGACUAGGGCUUGGUCAAGCAAUAGUGCAUGAACUACUGAAAGUAAUACCCGGGGAGAAUGCAUUUGUAGCUGUGUUUGUGUAAGAGGGGUAGUAGUUCAUGGUCCCCGCCUUACUGACUACAGGAGCAUUGCCUUCACCCAGCAAUUGCCAGCAUAGGUCACAGCUGGGGCCCAUCUAGCCCCAAGUCCUGUUUCUGGGAAUAAGCUGUCCUAGAAGCAGUAGUAGCUCUGGAUUAACUUGCAGAGGAGUGAUUUCUUCCUAACAAUUUACCACAGGCUGCUUCUUGCCUUGAAGCAGAAGGGUUUGUAUUCCUGCCACAUCCCUACUGGGUGCAGAGAGCAGCCGUAAAAAUGAUGCAAGGGCCAGAGAAAAUGAUUAUCCUGAGAAACUGGAAAGCUAAGCAAAUUGUGUGGUAUCAGGAAGUAGACUGAGAAAUGACUUGAUUGCAAAGUACAAAUAACUUCAUGAUGGGAGAGGUGCGGGGAAACGUGAGGCAUUAAAGAACACUUUAGUCAAACACUGAUGAUAAUAAGAAACAAGGCAGGAAGUUGAACCAGCUUCUCACUUUUGUAUAGAAUAUAGCAUUUGCUGCAUAUUUUUUAUAGGGGAAGCUAUCUGGUACGGUGCAAGGAGCUCCCUGCAAAUGUCAGCCUCUCCACAUACCUCUGCUUGGGGCCUUUUGAGGUUCCUUGGGCUUCUUGGAUCUUGAUACUGUACCAUCUGCAGUCUUCUCAUUUCACAUACUAUGAUUUCUGUCUGUACUAAUUACAUUGUUAUAUCAUUAGGAUCUGCAGGUUUGUUUGUUUGUUUGUUUGUUUGUUUUUAGAUAUGGCACUGAUUCCCCAGGUCCAAGCUCAAUGUGCCCUUCCUGGGCAGUUUAUAAUCAACUGUAGUGAAGGGACAC